ACAUUUCCACAUUCAUAGUCACAAAGAAAAACAAAAAACCAUCACAAAUACAAAUAUUAGAAAAGCAAUGGCUUAUGUAAAGGUAAUUACAUGCAUGGCUAUGAUGAUAUGCAUGAUGUUGAUAAGUUCACCAAUGGUAGUGAAUGCAAUAUCAUGCUCAGAAGUGAUAGGUGAAAUAGACCCAUGUUUGGAAUACUUGAAUGGUCGUUACUCAGCACCAUCAAGAGAGUGUUGUGAAGGAGUGAAGAACCUAAGUCAUAUAGCACACACAACUAGUGCUCGUAGAGCUACUUGUGAAUGUUUGAAAUCUGCUGCUUAUUCUAUUUCAGAUUUGAACAGACAUCAUGCUGACGCACUUGCUAGGAGGUGUGGUGUUAAGCUCCACUACAGAGUCAGCACCUCCAUCGAUUGCAACCGCAUCAGAGGUUGAAGAGGAAGCCGCAGAGUCAAAAAACUUGAAACUAUUAUAGAACCAUUAAAGCAUAUUGAAAGUAUAAGAAUAAAAAUAAAGGAAUUUCACUUUUUUUAUUUAUAAAAGAAGCAAAUGUUAGAGUGUAAAGGGCUUCACUUGUAUGCCCUCUUCCUCAUCCUUGUUUUAUAUUGUGUAUUGAUUACAUUGUUUGAUUUACAUAAUACAAAUAUUGUAAUUUGAUUUGCUUUUAUUAGUUGUGUGAUUUAUCAUGUGUGAAUUUCUGUACUUGAUUUUAUAAAUAAAAGAGUGAUUUAUUUA